AUGAAAAGUUGUAAUAGUAUAAUUGUAUUAGCUCGUGAUGCUUCGACAGUUAUUCAUCCACCAACAGAUCAUUCACAUAUACCAGAUCCAAUUCAAGCAAAAGUUGAUGAAUUUAACAAUACGUGCAAAAAACGUGCAAGAGAAGAAACAACACCAAUAUCCCAAAUUCCUAAACAAGAAUUAGUUAAAUGUAGUUUAAAACACAAUGACAUAUCAUUUUUACCGUCAUAUUCAUCAAUUGAUUCAUUAUUUUAUCGUGAACGAUUAAAAAAUUAUCCAAAAUUACCAAAAUCAGUGUCAGAUCUUACGUUAAUUGGAAAGUGGGGGUACUGA